GCGUAUCUCCCAUCAUCCUGAGCGCUGCUUUCCCGCCAGGACGACGCCGAAUCGGUUUUCCUUCCCUUCUUCGUAGCCUCCGCCCUCGAUUUGAGUCGCCGCUGCCAGUUUUUACGUCCAUCACCCCAUCAUGCAGCGUGAGCCUGCGAAAAAGAAGCCAGAGAAGUGGGCCGAAAAGCGGCUGUUUGAUGCCUCGUCCUUCGGGAAGGACCUGCUGGCAGGCGGGGUCGCGGCGGCUGUGUCCAAGACGGCGGUGGCGCCCAUCGAGCGGGUGAAGCUGCUGCUGCAGGUGCAGGCCUCUUCCAAGCAGAUCAGCCCCGAGGCGCAGUACAAAGGCAUGGUGGACUGCCUGGUGCGGAUUCCCCGAGAGCAGGGGCAGAAUACCAUAAAAAAGCACUCUGUUCCUAGAUGCGUGGUUACAACUCUUCCUGACCUGUUGAGUGGAGAAUAUGGGUUUAAAAACCGCUUUUUAAUUAAUAUAUUUCAGUUCUGGAGGUGGUUUUUGGCAAACCUGGCUUCUGGUGGAGCUGCUGGAGCAACAUCCUUAUGUGUAGUAUAUCCUCUAGAUUUUGCCCGAACCCGCUUAGGUGUCGAUAUUGGAAAAGGUAUGGGAUUUUUAGAAAUACUAAUUUUUUCUCUUUGUGGCUUACUGCCAAGACCAAGGGAAACCCCAUUUCUUGUCUCCUUUUUCAUUGCUCAAGUUGUGACUACAUGCUCUGGAAUACUUUCUUAUCCCUUUGACACAGUUAGAAGACGUAUGAUGAUGCAGAGUGGUGAGGCUGAACGGCAAUAUAAAGGAACCUUAGACUGCUUUGUGAAGAUAUACCAACAUGAGGGAACCAGUGCAUUUUUUCGUGGUGCCUUCUCCAAUAUCCUUCGUGGUACAGGGGGUGCUUUGGUGUUGGUAUUAUAUGAUAAAAUUAAAGAAUUACUUAAUAUUAAUAUUGGAGGUGGUUCAUCAGGAGAUUAAAUUGAGAAAUGCAUGUAUUUAACUUAAACAUACAAAUUAUAUAGCUGUCCUUUAUAUACAUUUUGAUAGUGUUAUAACUGUCAAUAUUUUGUUACAGUGCUAAUUCUACAAUAAAAGCAUAGGCUUUUUUCAAGAAUUUAAAUACUAAAAAUCAGAUAAAUGUGAGUUUUUUUCCCACUUAGACUCAAA